UGUCAGUGAAAACUUGAUCAAAAUGUUUUGAUGAGAUGAGUUGGAGUGUUUUAAGUGAUUACUUUUGAAUAAAAAGUUAAAGAAUAUCGGUAUAAAUUUAUUUUUCGAACCUAAGAAAACUACAAUGAAGAAAAUGCAGUAUAAAUUUCUGUUGUUGCUAUUUUUAAUGCUAAUUUGUUGUGAGUUUUCCGAUGAAACAUUACAGGGCCCUUCUGAGGUAUCUGAAAAAAAGAGUAAAGACAGUAAAAAUGAAAAUGCGAUUCCAAAGAAACGGGAAUUUAUUGCCUCCAUUGAAGAACGUGACGGAGCAACUGCAAUACGAAUAGAACCAGCUCCUGAUCUUACUAAUGAACGGGAAAGACAAAAAGGUGAUAACAUUGAUAGUGAAAUAUCAGAAGCAGUUGACUUGUUCAUGUUAGAUCAAGCUAAGGUUAUACAAAAAAUGGUUCAGCACCUGGAUAUUGUCAAUAGCCUACAAGAAAAUACAGCUUUUGAUGAACCAAUUGAAGUACCACCAAUUCCUGCAAGUGCUUCAGAAGAAGAGAUUUUAACAGAUGAAGAACUUGAAGCUAAAAAACUAUAUCAAACUGCUCAAGAGUUGCUUUCUAAAACCAAACCAGACAAAGAAGAGAUCUUUCAAAUGUUCAUGGAAGCAUCUAAUAAAGGAAAUCCUGAGGCUAAAGGGAUGUUAGCCUGGGCCAAACUUUUUGGGGUUCCUAUGGAACAGGAUAUAUAUGUGGCUAAAGAAAUGUUUUCUGAAUUGGCAGCAAUGGGUAAAGCAGAUGGACAUGCAGGCUUAGGGUUUCUCUAUGCUACUGGUUUAGCAGUGAAUGUAAGUCAGCCAAAAGCUUUAAUUCAUUACACUUUUGGUGCUAUAGGUGGUAAUCACUAUGCUCAAAUGGCUCUGGCAUACAGAUAUUGGUCAGGUAUUACGGUACCUGCGAGUUGUGAGAAAGCAUUGGAUUUUUAUCGCCAGGUAGCAGACAAAGUUAGUCAAGGCGUAUCUUUUGGUGGCGGUUCUGCGAUACAACGAAUAAGACUAUUCGAUGAAUUAGAAAAUGGUUUUGCUUCUGGAAUUCUAGACAACGAUCUUAUUGAAUAUUACCAGCUUUUGGCAGAGAAAGGAGAUGUUCAGGCUCAGGUUGGUUUGGGACAGCUUCAUUACCAGGGAGGUAGAGGUGUAGAGCUGGAUUAUCAAAAGGCCCUUCACUACUUUACUCAAGCCGCUAAUGCUGGCAAUGCUUUGGCUAUGGCAUAUUUAGGAAAAAUAUAUUUAGAUGGUAGUGACGAAAUUCCUGCUAAUAACGAUACUGCUUUCAAAUACUUUAAAAAAGCUUCGGAUUUGAAUAAUCCAGUUGGAUUGAGUGGAUUAGGCUUAAUGUAUUUGUAUGGAAAAGGCGUUGAAAAGGAUUAUACAAAGGCUCACCAAUAUUUUUUGCAAGCUGCUGAACAAGGUUGGGUAGAUGGACAGUUGCAGCUGGGGAAUAUGUAUUUUGGUGGAUUGGGGGUGAAACAAGAUUUUAAAGCAGCAAACAAAUAUUUUUCGUUGGCUUCACAAUCGGGCCAUGUUCUAGCUUAUUACAAUCUAGGACAGAUGCACGCACAAGGAACAGGCAUGUUAAGAUCAUGCGCAACUGCUGUCGAGUUGUUUAAAAAUGUCGCAGAAAGAGGCAGAUGGGGAGAGACCUUAAUGCAGGCUCACUCAGAUUACAGAAAUGGGCGUUAUAAUGAGGCAUUUGUUCAAUAUGCUUUACUCGCUGAAUUGGGCUACGAAGUAGCUCAAAGUAAUGCAGCAUUUUUGUUAGACAGAAAUGAAAUUCCUAUGUUGUCAACACAAGAAGCUCUAGUUAGAGCACUCUUAUAUUGGAGCAGAGCUGCAUCACAAGGAUAUUCUGCUGCGCAAGUUAAACUUGGAGAUUACUACUACUACGGCCUGGGAACAUCAAUAGAUUAUGAAACAGCAGCUAUACAUUACCGUUUAGCAUCGGAUCAACAACACAACGCCCAGGCAACUUUCAAUUUGGGCUAUAUGCAUGAACAAGGUUUAGGAAUGGUACGGGAUAUGCAUUUGGCCAAACGUUAUUACGAUAGAGCUGCAGAACUCAGUCCUGAUGCCAAAGUUCCAGUUGCACUAGCUCUAAUUAAGCUUAACGUGCUGUUUAGUUUCGAAAGUAUUGAAGAGUUUUUGUUACAGGGUCCAUUACAUCAUUUGCUAGAUUUCAACGCCACGGUUGGAUCCAAUUGGGAUUUAUAUUUAAUAACAACCUUGACUGUCAUGUUAGCAGCAAUCGUGUAUUUUAGAAGGCCUCAAGUGGCUGUUUAAAGAUCCAACCUAAAGAAGCCAUGUAGGUCGUGAUAUUUUUAUAUUUAUUUUGUAAAUAUUAGAAUGAAUAAGUAAUUCAAAUAUCGUGUAUAUAUUGCUUAUAGAUCAUUUUCUAAAAAUGUUGAAUAUUAUUAUCAGUAAAACCUUUACAAAUAAAUAUUUAGAAUAAUGUUUAUGAGUUAAUUUAUAUAUAAAUAAAUAAUAAACAUGAAAUAAAUAAUAUAAAUAGAUUGAAUACAUUAAGAACAUAUUAAAAGUAUAAAUUGGAACAAUCAAACAAAUUCCACAUAACAGGGAAAAUACAGUAAAAGGAAAAGGAGGAAACUAAAUCAGUUAAUAUUAAACAAAAACGUACAAACAUGGUGAGCAAAGUAUGUGCAAAUAAGUAUGCAAGAAAACACUCCAAAUACGUGUAAUUCACAUUAUAAAUGGGAGAAAAUUAUUCUGUUUUAGGAAAUGAUCUCAAGGCGGUGACUGUUGUGAUUUCAUUCGUACAUUACUUUAAAAUCCAUUAAAAACCUAUCACAUCAAGAUAAGUUAUUUUAGAUGCCACAGAUACCAUCAAUUUGGUUUCCUAGAGAUUUUUAGUAAUACAAUUUUGUAAGAAUGUGUUUUAGCCCUAAAUAAAUACUAUAUAGUCGAUAAGGCUUUUGACGUUUCAUUAUAAGUAAGAGUAUCUUGAUCUGCAAUUGAUUUCUAUAUGCAAACUGUAAGUGUGUAUUCGUCAGUAGGCACAAGUAUUUUAUUUCUUGUAUGGAAGAGGCCCCCAUUACAAUUGUUCUUCCUCUCUGUUCGUCUAAAUUUUUUUUGAAGUAUACAUAAAUGGUAUAGGCAAUGUAUACUUAAAUGGCAUAGCCCGUGUAACCAAUGAUAAUAAUAUUUUUGGCUUAUAAAUGAUUUAUUUGGUGUCUCUGUCUCUAAGAUAAUUAAUUUUUUGUUAUAGCCAUCAUAUUUUAUCAAUUAUUACUUUAAAAUUCAGACUGUUUUGUUUACAUGUGUAAAUACUUAACUUUUGAUUGUUAUUUUAUUGUAUGUGAAAUAAAGUAUUGUUAAACAAGAA